AUGUCAAUAGACCAUGGAUAUGAUGUCAAAGAAUCAUUAAUUAUCAUAGUUACUUUUUAUAUUGAUCUUCAUGGAUUCAAAGAGGCAGAACAAGCCAUUCAGAUUAGAAUACUCGAUGUUAUCCACUCAUUCAUCUCUUCGGAUAUUAUCAUCGUAUUUAAUGCACUUAAUGCAAUUAUGAAUAAGUACGUUGAAAAUAAUCAAGGGGAAGCUUUCAUUAAUAUCAUUAACAAUACCGAAAUCAUCCCUGAUUUGAAAGAUACAUUAAAUGAAAGUGAAGAUGAAGAAGAUAUUGGAUUGAUCAACGAAUUCCUCGAAUCAUAUGAUAAUCUCAGCGCAAAAUUCUCUCAAGUCUAA